UCGCGCUCCGUAAAGAUGUCGUUGUAGCUCGCAGGCACCGGCGCUUGUAGCGUAGAUGGCAAAGUCCUCGUCCAGGCAGGGUCAUCGUCGAGAUUUGGAGAUGCAGCUAGAGCAAAGUUCCAGAUGCCGUCUAACGAGACUACCUCGCGAAGCGCAUUGGCUUGGGGGCCCAGCAUGUUGCAGGUACGUUGUGGCCACGACGGGGCAAGUAAAAAUGCAGUAAGUCAAUGCGAGAGUAAGUGAGUGCAGUCUAGGAGGAAAAGAUGGCGAAGCGCAG